UGUAAUGUAGCAGAUGAUUUUUGUGGAGGUCACUGUUCCAGAUAUUAGACUGAAACCACAGAUGCUUAGUAUUUGAAGAAGCACAAAUCAUUUGUAAAAAUCAAAGAAACGUAGCAAGCAGCAAUUUUAUUUUUCUAAAAAAAAGAUGCUGCUGCUAAAUGUGCUUGUUCUUUGCAUUCCUUUAUUCUGUGCUGCAGACAAACCUCAACAGAGACCCCCUCCACCUCCUCCUCUGCCAAUAACACCACCAGUACCUAUUGCCUGUGAUGAUGUUCAAAAGGAAGCAACCGAGGCUAUUAAUAAGAUCAAUGAAUGUCGUGAGGAAGGCUACAUUUAUGCACCUUUCCGAGUUUCCAGUGCUUAUAAGCAGCCUGUGAAAUUUGGAACUAUUUUGUUAUUGACUGUAGACGUACUGGAAACUAACUGCUAUGUCUGGAAAAAAGAAAAUCUGACUAAGUGUGAAAUUAGACCUUUUCAUGAAGCGGGUUAUGGACAAUGUAGGACUGUUCUACAUUCCAGAGAAAAUGAGAAGCCAGUUGUUAUGCAUUGGCAAUGUGCAACACAAAGAGUGCCUGCAAAAGUCGUUACUAGUAGGUGUCCUCACUGCCCAGUAGAAACUGAUAUCAGCCCUUCAAUACUUAAAGAUGCUAAAGAGAUGUUGCAGCAUGUGAACAGAGAAAGCAAUGAAACAAAUUACUUUCGACUCAGCAACGUGACACGUGCUUCUCAUCAGGUCACACCUGUUCCUGUAAACUAUAUAGAAUUCACUAUAGAGGAGAUGAACUGUAGCAAAGACACCUCUGAUCUCCAGUCCUGUGAACCCUUUCAUGAUGGUAGUGCUGAGCUUGGGUUUUGCACUGGUUCAGUGACACAUGGUAGAGAUACUGUUUUUGUUGACGUGUCAUGCGAGAUGUUUGAACCUGAGGAUGAAGACCCAGAUACAGAAUGUGAAUGCGGUCGCCCAUUCCUACGUGAACAUCACGACCACAAAGAAGAUAAAGACCAUCACCAUGAGGGAAGACAUGAGCAUCAUCAUGGGAAAGAAGAUGGACAUCACCACAAACAGCAUGACAGGGAUUCUCAUCAGAAAGGAUGUGGACAUCAUCAUGGCCAUGGCCAUGGCCACAGGAAACAUGGACAGCAUGAUGGUGAUAAGCAUCACCCUCAUGAGCAUAAUCACGACCAUCCUCAUGGACACGGACCUGAUCAUGGGGAAGGACCUGGAAAAAAUCAUGGUGAGCAGCACGAACAUGGCUGUAGUCAUGACCAUCAUGACAGAAACCAUGGAAGGCAUCAGCAUGGCCAAGGACAUCACCACUCUCAUGGACAUGGACACCACCAUCACAUGCACCCUCAUCAUCAUCAUCGUCAUCAUCACUGUUGUCCACCUGAAGUUAGUUAUGUUCCUCCAACUCAUUUACCAGGCAAUCAUGAAUCUCCAUCAGUGGGUAGAGAUGGUCCACCUCCACGAAGGCCUGAUAAUGCACCUCGUAUUUUUCCUUUCCCAGAUAAGCCUUCAGCAGUAGGCUGUCCAGGGAAACCAGCAAAUGAAAUGCUAGAGAUGCUACAGCUAUUUUCUGACACACCUGCAACUGCAAGUCCAAAAUAAAUGGGACAAGAUCAUUCACUGACUUGGAUCUAGUUGAAUCAGAAUUAGUUGACAACAUUAUACGAUAUCAUAGUUACCAAAAAAUUUUACUGAGUCAUAGUUCCCUGAAUUGAAGGUAAAUGGUGUGCAUGUACCUGCUCUGUGGACAUGACAAACAAAAGUGAUAUCUGUGCAGUUCAUGCAGUGAUACAUUGCAUAGAAAGUCUGCAUGACUGAGAGACUUAUGAGUUGAAUGUGUGAGAUCAUGUGAUCUAGUUAAUGGUCAAAAGUAAAAAGUACAACAUUUUGGUGUGUGUGUGUGUGUGUGUGUGUGUGUGUGUGUGUGUGUGUGUGUGUGUGUGUGUGUGUGUGCGUGUGUGUGUGUGUGAAAGUAAUAGUAGAAAAUCAAUUACUCAGUGGUGAAACUGUUGAGAUGAGUUCACUCAUCACUGGUAUAUGGCAGAAUCACCACUGAAAAUAUAUAAACGGACAACAGUCCUACAAUAUUUAGAUUGUAUAUUUUUAUGGAAAUUUAAAUAUGCGUUUUAUCUGAUGAUUUGUUUUGAAUGCAUAGGUUUCUGGAACUUUUAGUUCUAACCAUGUUCAGGGAACUGAAUAUUCAAUAAAAUGCUUGUGAUUUUAUUCUUUUCAGUUAAAUGUGAUCUAAGUGUGUUAAACUGACUGAAUUUUCCUAACCCUUAUAUAAAGGGAAAUGUACCAGUUAUGUAGGUAUUUGCUAAACAGAAUGUAUGAAUAAUUUCCAAAUUAUAAUUUUAAAACAGCAUUACUACAAUGAUGCCUUUUCAUGCUUACUGUGGUAUUACUAACAUGCAGUUUUCUGGCACUGCCGCAGUAAUUUUAAUAAACACAAUUGAACUGUAA